AUGGCUGAUCACUCGGAUGAUUUGGAUCAGCUCCUUGACAGCGCAUUGGAUGAUUUUCAGAACCUUAAUCUCUCCUCUUCUGCGCUGAGAGGUUCGAGUCAUAAUGAGGGUUCUACUAUGACAAGUGGAAGUGUUCAAGGGUUGGGAAUGGGUUUGCCUGAUUUGAAGAUUAAGAAAAAGGGCAAACAAAAGGUAUCACCACUUAAGCCGGAAGUACAUAUUUCCGAGGCGCUCGAUAAGCUGAGAGAGCAAACAAAGGAGGCUGUGAAAGGGUUGGAAUCGGUGACUGGGCCCACGCCACCAAAUGAAGGAGAUGCAAUGAUAGAAGAUUGGGUCAAGCACUUUGGAGAGCUUGCCGGAUCUCAGGAUAUGGAGUCGAUUGUGGAGACCAUGAUGCAACAGCUCCUCUCUAAGGAAAUCCUUCACGAACCUAUGAAAGAAAUUGGCGAACGAUAUCCAAAAUGGUUGCAAGAGAAUAAACCUAAAUUAUCAGAUGAACAAUACGCACAAUACUCUCAUCAGUAUGAGCUUAUAAAAGAUUUGAACCAAGUGUACGAAACCGAGCCCGAUAACUUCAACAAGAUUGUUGAGCUCAUGCAGAAAGUGCAAGAAUGCGGUCAACCACCUAACGAUAUUAUGCAAGAACUUGCUCCUGGACUUGAUCUAUCAACUUUUGGACAAUUGUCUCCAGAGAUGCUCGAGUCUCAACAGAACUGUUGUAUUAUGUGA